UUAGAAUUCUUCGCCAUUCCUGUCCUCUCUCUUUUUGCAGUCGUAACUCUGGCCUUGCCUAAUGACCUUGAUGCCCAUGCCGUUGAGGCCCGCUUGGACUGCAGCCAAAUCUCGCCAGCCCGCAACCGCGACGAUGUCAUUGGACAGACUCACUGCUGCUGCGGCGGCAGCCAGGUAGAAAAGUUUGAUCUCUAUAUUUGCCCUGAUGCAAACGCGACUAUUGUAACUCCUUGCGUUUUCCGUUUCUUUUCUAACUAUAUAGCUAUGUCAAGUACGUUGUCAAACUAA